AUGGUGAUGGAGCUAAUUAGUGGAGCCACCCUCUUCUUGGUUUCUCUCAUCUCAGUGGUGAUUCUAGUUUCCUUGCUUAGCCGCAAACUAUCACCAAGUUCCAAGAAGCGGCGGCCUCCCGGCCCAUGGCGUCUGCCCUUGAUCGGAAACCUCCACCAGAUCCUCACGCCAAAGCUGCCGGUCGUCCUCCGGGACCUGGCCAAGAAGCACGGGCCGGUGAUGGGCCUCCGGCUGGGCCAGGUCGACGCCGUGGUGGUCUCCUCACCGGCGGCGGCGCAGGAGGUGCUCCGGGACAAGGACCUCGCAUUCGCGUCGCGGCCGAGCAUCCUCAUGUCGGAGAUCAGUCUCUACGGAAACCUCGACGUCGCCUUCGCGCCGUACGGCGCGUACUGGCGGGCGCUGCGCAAGAUCUGCGCGGCGGAGCUGCUGAGCGAGCGGAAGGUCAGGCAGUUUUCUCCGGUGAGGGACAAGGAGACCAUGUCCCUCGUCAGCAACGUUCGCGAGGCGAGCAGGGGCGGCCAGCCGUUCGACCUCCGCAGGCUGCUCGUGCUGUGCUCGAAUUCGGUAACCGGGAAGACGGCGUUCGGGGAGAUGUGCAGCUCCGAGCUCCAGGAGCAGUUCUGGCGGUGA